AUGUCCCCUUCUGCCAUCACAGACUCGCCCCCACAGUCCGCCGCCUAUCCGGCGGCGCCGCCAACUACAGCAACCCUCAGCGAUGGCCUCGCCGUCCAGCAACCUCUUCCCCAGUUCCGCGGCUAUGACCACAUAACUUGGUGGGUUGGCAACGCCAAACAGGCUGCCUCGUAUUACAAUAACCUCUUCGGUUUCCGUACCGUCGCCUACAAGGGUCUCGAGACGGGCAGCCGCUACAUUGCGUCGUACGUCGUCCAGAACGAGGACGUCCGCUUUGUCUUCACCUCGCCGAUCCGCUCAGGCGUCCACCUCCCCGCCGACGAGCCCAUCAACAAGACCGACCGCGCUCUCCUCGCCGAGAUCCACGCGCACCUCGAAAAGCAUGGCGACGCCGUUAAGGACGUCGCCUUUGAGGUCGACGAUGUGAAGGCCGUCUACACCACCGCUGUGGCCGCCGGCGCCGUGUCGGUCCAGGAGCCUGGCCUCCUGCAUGACGAGACACACGGCGACGUCGCCACGGCCGUCAUCCGCACCUACGGAGACACGACGCACACGCUCAUCUCGCGUGCCGCCGGCUCCUACAACGGACCCUUCCUCCCCGGGUUCCGCGCCGCGGCCCCCCCGCCGUCCUCGGUGCCCCUGCCGACGGUGCCUCUGAAGCGCAUCGACCACUGCGUCGGCAACCAGUCGUGGAACGAGAUGGUGGCAGCCUGCGCCUUCUACGAGCGCUGCCUCGCCUUCCACCGCUUCUGGUCGGUCGACGACUCGCAGAUCAGCACCGAGUUCUCGGCCCUCAACAGCAUCGUCAUGGCGUCGCCCAACAACAUGGUCAAGAUGCCCAUCAACGAGCCGGCCCCCGGCAAGAAGCGCUCCCAGAUUGAGGAGUACGUCCUCUUCAACGCCGGCGCCGGCGUCCAGCACAUUGCCCUGCUUACCAAGGACAUCAUCGCCACCGUCUCGGCCAUGCGCGCCCGCGGCGUCGAGUUCAUCAAGGUCCCCGCCACCUACUACGAGACGCUGCGCCGCCGCCUCAAGUCGGACAAGCGCCGCUGGGAGCUGCAGGAGGACCUCGACGUCCUCGAGGGCCUCAGCAUCCUCAUCGACUACGACGAGGGCGGCUACCUGCUCCAGCUCUUCACCAAGCCCCUCAUGGACCGCCCCACCGUCUUCAUUGAGAUUAUUCAGCGCAACGAGUUUGACGGCUUUGGCGCUGGCAACUUCAAGAGCCUGUUUGAGGCUAUUGAGCGGGAGCAGGCUGAGCGCGGCAACCUGUGA